CGCGAAGAGACACGCAUGCGCAAGGCACGAGCCCGCUGACAGAUUCGCAGUGGCGGUGGUGGCGGCGGCGGCCCUGUAUUGCGGGGAAUGGGAAUCCUAGGUCUCUGACUGAGCACCGCCCCCGCCUCCCUGCCCCCGACAUGGCUCAGGAGAAGAUGGAGCUAGACCUGGAGCUGCCUCCGGGCACGGGUGGGAGCCCGGCGGAGGGCGGCGGCAGUGGUGGCGGCGGGGGCCUCAGGAGGUCUAACAGCGCCCCCCUCAUCCACGGCCUCAGUGACACUUCGCCGGUGUUCCAGGCCGAGGCGCCGAGCGCCAGGCGGAACAGCACAACGUUCCCGAACCGCCACGGCCUGCUGCUACCAGCCUCCCCCGUCCGCAUGCACAGCAGCCGCUUGCACCAGAUCAAACAAGAGGAGGGCAUGGACUUGAUCAACCGAGAGACGGUCCACGAGCGCGAGGUGCAGAACGCAAUGCAGAUAAGCCACUCCUGGGAGGAAAGUUUCAGCCUGAGUGACAACGACGUGGAGAAAUCCGCCUCCCCGAAACGCAUUGAUUUCAUUCCAGUGUCACCAGCACCGUCACCCACCCGGGGAAUUGGAAAGCAGUGUUUUUCACCGUCUUUGCAAAGUUUUGUGAGUAGCAAUGGAUUGCCUCCAAGUCCUAUUCCCAGCCCAACGACCCGAUUUACUACCCGCAGAAGCCAGAGUCCCAUUAAUUGCAUUAGACCAAGUGUUCUUGGACCAUUGAAAAGAAAAUGUGAAAUGGAAACUGAAUAUCAGCCAAAGAGAUUUUUCCAGGGCAUCACCAACAUGCUUUCUUCUGACGUUGCACAACUGUCAGAUCCUGGUGUGUGUGUAUCUUCCGAUACCCUUGAUGGAAACAGCAGCAGUGCCGGAUCUUCUUGUAACUCACCAGCGAAAGUCAGCACUACCACCGACUCUCCUGUAUCGCCUGCCCAAGCGGCCUCUCCAUUUAUUCCAGUAGAUGAACUUUCAUCUAAGUGAUUCACCCACCCAUCCUGAGACUCGGUUUUGUUUUUGUCUUUGCAAUGGAGAGAAAAAUCAAGCUGGAGCAAGCACUGAACUUUGUCGAUUAAUUUGAGGCUAUUUCCUAUUUGACCCUUUUCCUUUUUUGGAAUUUCCUGAAAUGUUGUUAUUCUAGAGAACUUUAUGUCAGGUUCCUGCAGAUGCCCUUGACUUCAGUGUAGUAAUAUUUUCAGACGUUUUCCCAAUAAGUGUGUUGAAGCAUACAUCUUUAUGCUGCUAAUAUGUCUAAAUACAUAUGUUAUCCCUUGAUUUUUUAAAAUAACUGAGAGCUCUAUUUAUUUAUGGGAUUAUUAAGUUCUGAUGCAAAUAUAAAUGUUGAAUUAAUCAGCAUAGUAAACUGAUGUUUUAAAAUUCCAUACUUCAUGCCCACACUAAUUUUUAAUGUUAUUUUCAGUGAUUGCUAAUUUCUAUUUGAUGAAGUACAGUAACUUACCUAUGUACACUUGUUUUUUAACUGUUAGUUAUAUCCAUCCAGUGGUUGUCUCUUUUACCCAGGAGUCCUUGAAUAUUUAAUUUUCUAGUACAGAAGUGGAUUGGGAGAGGGUGAUAAAGGAACAAAAUACAAAAAUUUGCACCAAAUCUUUUAAAAUUAAAUAUAUAAAAGUAAAUAUUAAAAAAACAUUUUCUAAUGAAAUUUUAAUAGUAAAUCCAUAAGUCAUAAAAAUAUAACUCCUAUACAGGAUUUUCCUUUUUUUUUUUUUUUUUAAGCUAAAAAAGGCAUUCUUUGGGGCAUAAUCCUAAUGUGAAAUGGGACAGUGCCUUACAGUCUUGGCCCACUGUACAUAGGCUGAGGCCAGGUUCUUUGUACCACUGCAAACAUUAAAUUUUUUCAAUACAGAAAAUGUGUGGGAAGCCCUGUUGAACUUCAGCAGAACACCCAGGCAGAUGAAUUGCUCUCAAUCAUUAAUAGUCUUUAUGAUAUCCAGUCAUGCCUCAGUGAAAAUCCUUGCCAGCAAGGAGCCAGAGCAUCUUUUGGCUGCUUUUCUGCUCUGCCCAUCUGUCACCUUCUUGGUUUUCCUUGGCUCAGGAAGGAAGCAACUGUUUCCUUGCCAACAGGUCCUUCCUCUCCACCUCCUAAGAAACCAGGGCAUCAUCGGUUAGACAGAGAUACAGUGUGACUCAAAUUUCUGACAGUAAGCAACAAUAGGACUGUGGAUUUGUUUGAGGAACCUCUGUGGUUAAAGCUACAGCUGGGGUCAACUGCCUGGGGCAGUGUCUGUUAACUGAGGGUCAGUGACUUGCCAGAGGAAAUCAGGGGAAAUGAUUAGGUUUUGUUAAGGUAGAAUUGUGGAAUGUUCUUUUCUUUUUGCCUUUUACAAUUAAGACAAAAUAUGAAAGUAUUCAAUAACAAUUUUUUUAUAUUACACUUCCUUAAUGAUAUUUUCUGUAUCUUCCUUAGCUAGAUAGGUAGAUAGAAUGGCAAACAAAAGAGGAAGGGGAGAAAAAAGACUUUUAGACCAAGAAACCAAGACAAAAAGUUCCAGCUUGCUUUAAGUUAUUGCCUACAGAGACUUUUACAAUUAUGUGGAAUUUUUACAAGUAUGAGAAUAAAUGGAACUGGCCAAAUUUU